UUGACAUUUUUAGCAAAUAGCAAUUGAUUUUGUCAUUUGUUAAGAAUUUUCGGUUUUAUUUUGUGCAAAUAAAAAUACAAGGCAUUGAAAAAAUUAAAACGCUUCAUAUAAAGAAUAAAAUGCGAUGUAUUAGUUCUUCAAAUAUAACAUCGUUCACAUACUAAAAAGUCUAAAAACUUCUAAAUAAGGUUCAUCGAUUCUGGCUUAAGAAUGUCUGAUAAACAGUUGAAGUUGGGGCAGAGAGUGGCCGUGAUGGGGAAAAAUGUCAAAGGCACUGUCGCCUACAUGGGACACCCCACUUUCGCCUCUGGUAAAUGGAUAGGAAUUAUUCUAGAUGAACCUAAGGGAAAGAAUAAUGGAACUGUUCGUGGCCAUGCUUAUUUUCAGUGCGAAGAGAACUAUGGUAUGUUUGUGCGGCAAACGCAGCUGCAGCUGCUCGAUGGAGACGACAACCCAAUGGAGACCUCCAUGACAACGUCCAAUGAGGAUGUUAAGACGUCUCUACCAAAUCGACGACUCAGCAGUGCGUCAUCCAAGAGUCAGUAUUUGGAAAGUGGCAACAAAAGAUAUACUAUACAUAUACGGGUGCGUCGGAAAGCGUCGCCGGCGCAGUCGAAAACAGGAACAUUGUCUAUGUCCAGUUCCAGGACGUCGCUGGCCAGCAGCCGCCAGUCGCUGACGUCGUUCGUCUCGCCGACCACCGAGCGGGCCACCUCGCCGGACUUGACGAUCAAGAGGGCGUCUUUUGUUGAGACGGGUUUCGUGGAGACACUGACGCCUCAGUUCACUCCGGGACAGAGUAUCACGUCGCCGCAGACGACCACCACGGCCGCUGAAGACAAGCUGGCCAACUUGCAAGCGCAGCAGGAGAUCACGAACCUCAAGACGGAGGUCGAAGACCUUAAGGAGAAACUGGAAACGCUGAAGGUCCGUCGCGCUGAAGAUCGCGAGAAGUUACGGGAGUUGGAACGUGUGAGGCUGCAGCUGGAACAGGCGAAUGAGUUCAAGACCAAGAUCAUGGAGUCACAGGCUCAGCUGCAGCGGGACUUGCAGAGGGCGAAACAAGAGGUCCGCGAAUUACAAGAAGCGCUAGAGCAGCACAACGACGAAACCGCCGAGCUACAAGAGGCGGCCGAAAUGGCAGCUCUCGACAAGGAAAUGGCGGAGGAGCGAGCUGAAGCGCUGCAGAUGGAGCUGGAGCAGUGCAGGGAGAAGCUGGAGGAAGCUACCCUGGACCUGCAGUUGAUGAGGGCUGAGAUGGAGGCUGGUGGCAAUAUACAGCACCCGUACGCAGCGGGCGAGGGCGCCACCGGCUACGAGGUGCGCCAGCUGCAGCAGCAGAACGUGCGCAUGCGCGAGACCCUGGUGCGCCUGCGCGACCUCUCCGCGCACGACAAGCAUGCCAUGCAGAAGAUGCAGAAGGAUUUAGAUCAGUACAAGUCCGAAAUAGCUGAACUGAGCAGGACGAAAGAGAAGCUGUCGGCCAGGGUGGAGGAACUGGAGGCUCAGGUGGCCGACCUGCGGGAGCAGGUGGACGCGGCGCUGGGCGCUGAGGAGAUGGUGGAACAGCUGGCUGAGAAGAAGAUGGCGCUGGAAGACCAGGUGGAGCAACUGAAGCAGGAUGUGCAAGAGUUAGAAGCGCUUCAAGAGAUCCACGAGCAGCUGGUGGAGUCGAACCGAGAGUUGGAGAUGGACUUGCGGGAGGAGUUGGAGAUGGCGCACGCUGCCACCAGGGAGGCGGUCCGCGAGAGAGAGGCCGCGUUGGAAACGAUAAUGGAUCGGGACACGACCAUUGUCAAGUUCCGCGAGCUGGUGCAGAAAAUGACUGAACAGUACAAUGAGUUGAGCAAACAGUUGGACUCUAAACAGGGCUCCCCGGCGCCAUCAGAACAAGAGUCGACACCAGAGCCCGUCUCCAGGUCAUCGCCACCAGCCGAGCUGGGUUCCCUCGUCCAGCAGUCCAGGGCCUCCACGAGAUCUAUAGACCUGCAACUGCGGGCCUUGGAGCUGAACCAGGCGAAGGCGAGGGCCACCAUGUUGGCCGCUUGCCUUCCUGACCACUUCAUGGCUAGCGGUGGUGAUCAUGACGCCAUCUUGUUCAUUCUGCUUCUACAACGUCUGAACGCUAAAGCCGAAAUCAUCCUUGGCCAGAUUAGAGAGAGAUUCCCAGCGGUGAACGUGUGGGACAGGGAAGCUAUAACGAAGACACACACGGCCGUGCAGUACAGCUUCCGUUGCCAGCUGGAGUAUCAGCUGAUGAUGAUACAGUGCAUGGUGUGCAUGUGGAGCGGCGCGCUGGAGGCGUGCCCGCCGGAGGCUCUGCUGCGCGCCGCCUCCGCGCUGCCCGACGCGGCCGCGCAGGAGCGCGCGCUCGACGCCGCCGCGCACCUGCUCAAGGGGAACGAGCUCGACGAGAACUGCUCGCUGGACGGCAUCGAGCGCUGCUGGACGUACCUGUCGGCGAUGUGGUCGGCGCUGGGCAUGAGCGCGGUGUGCGCGGGCGCCGCGCGCGAGGUGGUCGUGCAGGCGUGCGGCGCGCUCGACGCGCUCGCGCGCGCGCUGCACGCCGACGCCAGCGCGCUCACGCAGAUACUGCAGGCGUCGGAGAGGCAGCUAGAGCUGGGCCAGCUGCACGAAGCGAUACAGUCCAGCUGCUCGUCGCUGCAGCAGCAGCUGAAGGCGGUUAGGAGGCGUCUACCACCUGGAGUGAACCUCAACAAUCUACCUAUUGACCUGCAGCUAGUGGAGCGUCUCCGCGGCGACAGCGCGGUGGCGCUGUGGCGGUGCGCGCGCGCCGCGUCGCUGGCGGCCCGCGCGGCCUGCGCCUGCGCCGCCACCGCCGGCGAGCGGGCCGACGGCGCGCCGCUCGCGCACUCCGCGCUCGCCGCCAUAUGGACGGCCGCCACCGACAAGAUCUAUCAGCAGGACGACCACGGCCCAGUGAAGACUAUAAAGCACGCUCUAUCUGUCGUGUCGGCGGAUGUCGGCAAGUUGGCCGCCUUCACGCAGGACAAGGAGUAUGACGUCAUGUCGCUGACCAACGUGGCGCAGGACAAGCCAACGCCACCUAUCGUGUUGCGAGCGCAACACGUGAAGAAACAGCUCGAAGAAACAAAGACGCUCACCAUCCGGCUAGAGAAUAAGGAAGCCGAUAUAAAGGAGCUCAGGAAAGCACUGAAGGCGAAACAAGAAGAGUUAUCGGAGAUGCAGAUAAGAAGAGAGUUAGGCGAGAGGAAGUUAACAGCGGCCGCCAGAGACGCUGAGCUGAAGGCGGAACAGUUGCAACGGAAAUUGGAAGACGCGAACAAUCAGCUCAAGAGAAAGGAGAAAGAGUUCGAGGAGACGAUGGACCACCUGCAGCAGGACAUCGACUCGCUGGAGAGCGAGCGCGGCGCGCUGCGCGACAAGCUGAAGAUGUACGCGAAACGGGGCGGCACGCACCACGCCGUGACGCCGCCUAUGCCCACAGUGCGGGACUUUUCACCCGUGGCCUCGCCGGCGACGACGCACAAAGAGGAGCCACAAGAAACUACGGUUAAGGUGACACCAGGAGUGGCCACUGGCGAAGUUAACGAAGCGCUGCAACAUCAACUCAAAGUUCUGAGCUGGCGCGUGGAGCGCGAGCGCUCCGCCCGCAUAGCGGCGUGUGCGCGCGCCGAGCGCACCGCCAUCCGCAGCCUGCGCCCGCUGCAGCACCCCGCCGCGCCGGCCGCUCGCGCGCGCCGCCUCGCCGCCGCGCGCCUCGAGGCGGACCUCGCCGCGCUGCACACCGAAUGGACGCUGUUCGUGGCGCGCUCCGGCCUCGUCAAGUUCCCGGAGGAGCCCGGCAAGUACGCGAAGGCGCUGCAACAGCACAAGGAGAGGCAGAGGGAGAUUAGGAGGCAGCUGGAGGAGAGAUUGUUCGCGCUUCAAGCGGAAGCGAGGAGUUUGAUCUCGAUCCACCGGCCGUGGCGUUGCGUCGAGGCCGACUUCACCGAGUUCCCCGCGCCCGAGUUGACCGCGGCGCUCGCGGCGAAGGCGGUGGACAUCGGGACGAUAAAGUACCCCGGCGAUGCGACCGACAACGAUACCAUAUACGUGACCCCUUCGCAAUUAGCCAAAAUACGAGAGCUGGUUGAAGAAUUAAAAUCUGAUGAAGUUCAGUUGGACUUAAAACCCUUAGACCAUACGGUGUGCGCGGCGUAAUUUAAAUUAAAAAAAAGUUUUUUUUUUCCAUAAUUCCAAUAUGUUUAAAAAUAGUUCAUUGUAGUAAGAAUUAAAUAGUAAUUAUAUAUUUUGUUUAUUGAAAUUGUAAGUUGAGAAAUGUUAAUAAUAAUUUUUAUAGAUAAUGAAUUAUGUAGGUUUAAGAAGAAUCUUUGAUUAAUUGUAUGAUCAUUUAUUUAUUUUGGCUGCUACUAGCUUUUUUAUUAUUUUAUUAAGACAAUUAUAAGCUUAAAGAAUUGGCGCGAAUACUAAUAUUUAAUCUUGGACAGAUGUAUAAUAUUAUAAUCUGUAUUCACUCUAUAGUCUAUGUCAAAUGUCAUGUAAGCGCGCGCACACCGCUUUGGUUAUGUCAAAGAAAAUGGACGUGGCAUGCGUUUUACAAUUAUAACAGUACUUAAUAAAAAUGCAUAUUUAUUAA